GGCGCGCGUGUCUGCCAUUCUUGACGUCCGCCAGGUGUUCGGUGGAGAUCGAAGCUCACAGGAGAUACUGUGCCACAUUCUCAUGGACCACGACAUCGUACGUCGCGAUGGCGAGGACCCCAUCGUGCCGGCCUUCGACUCGCCGCUGUGGGAGAGGCUCCCGGACGUCCCCCGCAGGAACGCGAAGAGUCGGCUCGCGGGCUUCUACGCCAGUGGUGUGACUGGCAGCGACUGCCCCGUGGAGGCCAUCUCGCAGGACUUCGGGCAGGUGUGUGCUGGGAGACAUCGCUUCCCAGUGAUGCGCACCGACCUGGCGGCCCUGCAGCGCCGCUGGUGCGGCGGCGAGGACCUGCUGUUCAAGGCGGACUGCACGGCCCACAUCGUCGCCCUGUACCGGGCCCUCGAAAACCCGCUGGCGCCGGUGGACCAGCGCAGCGCGCUGCAGCUCGUCUGCAACCCCAGGCCCACCCAGGGCGGGGCCGUGCAGUACGAGCUGUUCGCUUCGCCUUUCAACGCGCGGGUGGAGAACGGCAGGUUCGCCUCCCGCUGGCCCCACGUCGAGGCGCACUUUGGCAGCGCGGGCUCGUACCCCGCAGUCCUCGACAUUUUCCCAGAAGACGCCGUCGUCGGCGUGAACCCGCCUUUCUCCGACGCGUACCUCGAGCACGUCGUGGGCCAGUCGCUGGAGCGCAUCGUGAGCCGCUUUCGCAAGGUGCACCUGUGGGUGCCCAUACGGGAGGCUCCCUGGCGGUCCCAGCUGCACCGGCUGCGGGGCGCCACCUUCGUCAACCGGUUCUGGGACGCGACGGCUCUGAAGGAGCGCCCCAUAGGCCAGCAGGUGCUGUACUGGGAGGGCAGCGAGCUGGCCAACGCGUGAGAGCCGCGGGUGCGUGCGCUGGGGCUCCUAACCUCUGCCACCUUCCUCGCCACCUUGUCCUCUUACA